AUGAAGCUUUUCGAGCGAGUCUACAAUUUGCUGUCAAACCUUUAUACUUCCACACGUACCCGGUUCCAAUCCUCUCAUACCAGCAGUAAUGAAACCAAAGUUCAACAAGCCAGCUACAUCUUCCCAGCAGAGUCAGAGGCCCAUGAAGCAACAAUCAUGGGGUUACCAUCUCGAUGUUCCUUACCCCCCGAUCAGUAUGAUGCUAUGUGCAAUGAAUUGACUCAGCUUGCUGCGGCGAUCACUGAGUUCGAACCUGUUCGGCUGUACGCGAGACCCGAAGAAAUCCAAUUGGCCGAGUCCCUGGUCAAGACUUUUGUGAAAGAUGCAUCAAAAAUAUCUAUUAUUCCAUGUCCCAUCAACCACUGCUGGGUACGCGACACAGGCCCAGUCUACGUGCGUGGCACGACAGGAGCAUUCCCGAAUCAACGCUUCGCAAUCAACUUCCGGUUCAAUGAAUGGGGUGGGAAGAAACCCGAAGACGACGGAAUCUGCUGGGGUCAGCUUUGGCCGUUGAUGAACGAGAAGGCGUUACAGGAAAACACAGAUUUUGCGCGGUGGAUAAUCGAACACGACCGCGAGCCCAGCCCCGUUACGCAGGUCGAGACUCUGAUUCGCGCCGAGGGCGGCGGUCUCGUUACCGACGGUGAAGGAACCCUGCUGAUUACGGAGAGUAGCAUUGUAUGUGAUGUACGCAAUCCAGGGAUGUCAAAGGCCGAGAUCGAGGCGGAGUUGAAGCGACUGCUCGGGAUUGAAAAAGUGAUAUGGUUCCCUGGGCGGCGCAAUGUUGACAUUACCGACGUGCAUAUGGACGCUGAGGCGAGAUUCGUGCGCCCUGGUGUCAUCGCUUACUCAAAACCACAUGAUAUUGCGAUUGAUCUGUGGAAGGAGCUGUCUACCGAGAUCCGGGAGAUCCUGGAUCGUGAGACGGACGCUAAGGGUCGGCACUUGCAGAUACACACGAUCGAAGAACCCGACCCACGAGGCUUGGUGAAAUCAGAUAAUGAUGAACUGGCAGCAAGUUAUGUGAACUUCUAUUUUGUUAAUGGGGGGUUGAUAAUCCCUAAAUUCGGUGACGGAGAAAGGGAUCAGAAGGCCCUGGAGAUGUUUCAGUGGUUGCUCCCUGAGCGGGUGAUUCGACAGGUGUAUACCAACGCCAUUCCCCUUACUGGUGGGGUGAUUCACUGCGUCACUCAGCAGGUUCCUGCGAUGAAAUGA